AUGUCGGAUGUGUCGAACUCCUUCUCAGCUUGGGAGACCCUGCCGGAGGACGAACCUCCGCUGUGCAUCGCAGUUCGACGCCCAGUGUCACCUCCACGCCACUAUGAGGCGCUCAAAUUCGGCGAUGCUCGUGACGAGUUAAAACGUCUGACAACACAGCUCUCCUUCCGUGAUGAACAAAUCGCACGACUCACCAACCACUGCACACUCCUACAAAUCGAACUUGGAACAUAUGCUGAACGAUCGGCGAAACUACAGAGACAGGAAGGUUACGUCGCGAUCACGGCGAAGGAAACUCAAACUAAUGGUGGCAGACCGGAUGUGGUUCCGCACAGUGACGAGCGCUCUAAACUUACUGAGAAGAAGUCUGGAAAGUCCUCGAAGCCACGAAAUGUGAAAGGAGUGGAAAUCGUUGAGGAAGAGCGAAAUUGUCAACAAGAAGUUCUAAACAAAACACGCUUUGACCAGGAUGUCUGGGAACAACAGGCAAAACUUAUGGUCAGCCUGUACUCAGAAUUGAUGCAGAUCAUGGAGGAACAAGAAGUUGAGAAGAAACAGAUGACAGAGAUGGAAGAGGUGUUGUUCAAAGGUCGCAGAGCAAUGGAUGACGCAAAAUCCCAUUUGCUUUUCGCCUAUGAAGAAAUUUAUCGCCUGAAAAAGAACCAAAACAUGCCAGAGGAAACGGAAAACGAGGAGAAAGAAGUGGAACUUGUAGAGCUACGGCGUCUCGUUUCCGCACUCAAAACAGGCGGUACUGAAAUGGAGCGUCAAGCCGAUGAGACCACGAGGAAGCUGAUCACCGAACAAAUUGAACGCAUCCGUUUAUCUCGCAUGAAUACCGCAUUACGGAGAAAAAGUGAUCGUGCGGAACAAACAAUGCGGCGAGCACGAGAGAAGAUGGUAAUCAUAGAGACACACGCUGGGAAACGUUGUGCUCAAUUACAGUAUCAAUUAGACACAGCGCUUAUUGAGCUGGCAAACUGCCAAAGUCAAUUAGUACGCUCGGUAUCAAUCGAGACCUACGAAAAACUUGCGUUACGCUUUAAAAAAGAAUGCAUUUCUGAAGUACUGGAGAGUGAAAUUGAUGAGGUCUGGAAAGACAGUACUGUUUCCAUCGCUGCACCAACUGAUGUCAGAGCCCAAGAGCUCGAGGCUAAGAACUCAUAUCUGAAAAAAAUCGUCGAGGUCAUCAGUGAACAGAAUGAUUUCUGGUCCAAGGAAACUGAAAUACUGCAGAAUGAGAAUGAAGAAUUGAAACGAUUUGUCGAAGACAUGGAAAACGAGAGCGAUUUGAAAAAUAUUUUAGCUUCGAUAGAGCAACGUCUUCUCGAAACCAUCAGAGAACAACAGGAAGAUCGACGUGAUCAUGAGAGAGCAUACAGGAAGGCUCGGGAAGUUGAGGAGAAGCUCGGACAAGAGCGAAGCGAAUGGUCAGCACAGCGUUCACGAUUUCUGUUCGCCGUCCGAACACUACAAUCUGCUCUUUCUAAUGCUCGCCUCAACACCCUUAACAGCCUAUCGCUUAUUCAAAUAGAAAAACUUAAGGCAAAAAUCCAAGAAAUCCGAGAAAAUGAAAUGCUGGUUGAAGAUAACAAGGAAAAGAUAGAGAGAAUGCGUGACAAACUUCAGCAAAAACUGGCACUCCAGGAAGGUGCCCGUAAAGCAAAAGAUGCGAUCGACGAAGAGAAUGCGGAUGUCUUGAGGCUAGAAAGAAGACUUCAAGCGGUAUAUAGCAGCCUGGAAAUGCAAAAAGUAGAAAAUAAUCGCCUUGAAAGUACGGUCAAACUCAAAGAAGCUCAAUUGUCGGAUCUCAAGGAAGAACUUACCUCUGUUAAAAAGGAGAAUGAAGACCUUAUGACAGCCAUCGCAAGUGCCAACUUAUGGGGGAAGUCCACAGAGAACAAGACUGUGGCGAAAGAUGAAGACCACGCCGAUCUAGAGGAGCGCAGCUCGACUGUCAUCAGAAACUCACCCGCAAAGCGAUUUGUGGAAGGAUCUCAGGUCUCAAGCGAUGAUUCAGAAGCCUCUUCAACAGACUCCGAAAGAGGUACGGUGAAAACAGUUCUGCAAGACAACUCAAGAGAGUUCGAGAAACGUUUAGCAAAGAUGAAGGAAGCUGCGGAACUAUGCAUUCAAGGAUACAAAAAUCAAUUACUGCAAAAAGAUCAAGCAGUGGAAAUGUAUCGCCAGCUUGCUGAGGAGAAACUCUCCACACGGCCACAGAAUACUUUGGAAAAAGAGAUAGUACGCGAAGAAAUUCGAGUUGUAGAUGAGCAAACUGAAGAACGGCUACGCCAUGCGCUUGGCGAUGAGGAAAUCGAGGAACUCGAGAAGGCGAAUCGAGCGCUCUACAGAAAACGAAGAAAGAGCGUUGUUCCUACUGUUGAUACGGUGGACUGUCAAACAGAUCCCAUAGCUGGAAGUGAAGAUAAUGAGGAGACAAAGGAGACGCGAGGAAAGACAAAAACAUCGUCACGAAAUUCAACAGAGAGUACUUCAUCUAAUACGGAAGACAAAUUCGAAGCAGAAAGGCAGCGAUACAAAAACGAAAUAAAGCAACUGCAAGGAAGACUACGUCGCGUGAUUGGAAAUAACAAGCGCUUCAAAGCCGGAAACAAGAAACUCGAAGAUGAGCCUCGCUCUGGUCGACCGACUGCAAUAUCGUCCGACGAACUUAAGAAACUGGCGGAGCCGCAUCCAUUUGAAGGUGUGCGGUAUUUUGCCGCCAGUCUUGGCUGUUUGCUGUCCACCCGACGGCAACCGCCAAAGACGCCUGGACGUCUGAACUCAGCUACGGAUCCUUUCGAGAAAGAUGAAAUCCAUGAGAAGAAGGUCAUGCUUAGCGUCUGGUGGGGAGUUCAUGGAAUCUACCGUUUCGAACUGCUGCCGGACAACACGACAAUUACUGCUGAGGUCUACUGCGCUCAACUGCAAAGGCCGACAAGAUCCGCAAGGAGCACCCGAAGCUCGACAACAGCUCGGAUGGGAAGUACCGCACCUACCGUACAGCCCGGACCCGGCCCCGAACGAAUUCUACUACCGCUUCAGCAUCACCUGGAAGAAAAGCGCUACGAUGAUCGUGACCACCUCGAAAAUGACCUUUGGGCUUUCUUUGCCUCCAAGUCGCCGGAGUUCUACGCCAAAAGAAUCCAUGAUGUUGUGAGACGUUGGCAGAAGGAAUUAACGAUUGCUUGCGAGAAAAUCCGUGACGAUGCUAUGGCUGAACUAGAGGUGCGAGUGCCAAGAACAAAAGAAGUCGAUGAACAGGCUAUGAUUAGAAUACGGGUGGAGUUCGACAAGGCCAGGAAGGAGAAUCGUGCGCUGCGGAAAAUUAUUGAGAAGCAGAAGAUUUCCUUGGAAUCCUUCAAAAAAGAAGUAGUCCUAAGAAAAAGUGGCGAGGAAGAAAUGGCUAGGUGGAUUGAACGCAAGAAACUUGAGGAAAGCCUCAGUUCUGUAAGGAAGAAGCUUGUGGACUCUCUAGAGAAAGAGAAAGUGAUCCGUGAAAAACUAAGCAAGAGAGAGAGAAUUCUGGAGGAGUUCAGAAGAGAUGAAGAAGUGCGGCAGCGAGAACUGGAUCGCACUCGCAAGAAAUGCGCGGAGCUUCAAUAUGAAAGGGACAAAGCAUUACGAGAGAACACCGAGGUGCAUGUUCUUCAGAAGAAGCUCUUAGAAGAGUCGGCAAAGUUGGAACAGAACGAAAAGGAUAUCUCUUCGCUGUCCUCGCACCUUAAAUUACUCCAACACGAAAAUAUGAAGCUUCUACAUACCAUCGAAGAAGUAAAAGUGAGACAAAUCGAAAGGACGUUAAAAGAAAUUAACCCAAGAACAACGUCUUCACAAGGCACACAAGCAGGUAGAAGUGUCACCUGGAAGGAAAUUGGAAACGAUUCUACAAAGAGCACCCAAACUUCGUAUACAUCUCCAAUAGCACAAGUGGAAGUUUACAAAAAGCUGGUGAAGAGAAAGGACGUAGCAGUUGAAGCACAACUAUCGACACCGGAAGGAGUUAAAGUCACCACAGGCGACACUGUCUUGCUGCAAUUGAAAGAAACGGAAGAGAAAACUGCUCAAAUGGAGAGAUUGCUAGAUGAGGUCAUAGAAAAACUGAAAACUUGUGAAAAAGAACGGCAACGUCUUGUUGACACCAACAAAUUGCUCGUAGAACAAAUCGAAUGUAAUGAGUUUGGUUCGCUUGGUGCAGUGAACAUCCUUGUGGAUAAACUUCAAGCAAAAGACAGAGAGAUCAUACAAUUGAGGUCGCAGCUUAUCAGUCUUGCAGAAUUGAGGAGGUGA